ACCUCUUGGGCCGCUUGUGUUCUUUUCUUCUUUUUCUCCUCAGGAUGCGUUUCCCGCCUUUUUUGGGCGACAGGCCUUUCUGAGGAGAGGCGGCCAUUCCUUUUCUCGCCCUUUUCUCACCAUGAAAUGCGUUUUGUUGGGCGCCCAUAUGAAAGUCUUUGGCAGGGCCGUCCAUGCCAUGGCACGCAUCAGCGAGGAAUUUUGGUUCGAUCCCAUGGAACAAGGACUUUCUUUGCGGUCUGUAAAUUCCUCCAGAUCAGCCUAUGCCUGCAUCUUCUUUUCCUCUAUAUUCUUUCAACACUAUUCCUGGAGAAAUACAUCUGAAACGGAUCUGCAUAAAAAGCACAUACCGCUUAGAUGCAAAUUAGUGAUAAAGGCAGUUCUGCCUCUGUUUCGUUCCUUGAACACACUGGAAAGGAAUGUAGAAAAAUGCACCAUUUAUACCAACUUUAGGGACUGCCAUAUCGUUUUUCAGCUUUUCUGCAGACAUGGUGUCGUGAAAACACAUCACCUCACUUUUCAAGAAUGUGAACCUUUGCAAGCCGUCUUUGCGAAGAAUCUCUGCCCCAAUGUCCUGAAGAUCCAGUCGAGGCAGUUUUCUGAUAUAUUGAUCCAUUUCCCAAACGGUCAAGAUGAAGUGACUUUAGCUGUGACGCCUGUGAAAGUGUGUUUCAAGACAUACACAGAGGACGAAAUGGAUUUCCCAUCGCCAAUGCAUACAGAAAUACAUCUCAGUCCAGAAGAGUUUGAAUACUUCCAAGUCGGGGUCGACUCUGAAGUCACAUUUUGCCUUAAAGAGCUACGGGGACUUCUGGCUUUUGCGGAAGCUCUCAACACUCCCGUUUCUGUCCAUUUUGAUCUGCCUGGAAGGCCAGUUGUUUUCAGCCUUGAGGACACACUCGUCGAAGCCAUUUUUGUCUUGGCCACCUUAGCAGACGUAGAGAACAGACUUUCUUGUGAAUCUCUGCAACUUUCCCAGGCCCAGAGAAGGAGCUCUGCAUUGGAGAGACACACUCAAGGUGCCAUUGCCCAGAGAACCCUUCAGGGCCCAGGAACAGCCACGGAUCCAGCAGAAAAUUUUACCGUUAGGGCUGAAGGGCCCCCACCAAAUCCCGACCACAGUAAGUUUCAUUCCUUCUUCUUCGGAGCCAUUUCAUCCAGUGAGCAAAAUGGAACCCAUGUGGUCCACAGUUUGGCCACAGCCAGCGACACUGAAGACGACUUUGGCAACGGGCAACUCUCUCCAGCGUUUUAGUGAGGCCAGAUGCCCAAGCCCAUGUCUUUUAAGUAAGUGUGCUUAAUAUCCUGAUUUGUUGGGUUGCAAUGUAUGUUUAUACUGUUGGGUGCCAUUUUUAUCUUAAGACAGUUAAUUUUUGGGGAAAAAAUCAUCUUCAAAUUGUUCAGAUUCAAAGAUGCUUAUUAAAAGUUUUAG